GUAACUUCUGUUCGGAACUAUGCAGCUAAGCUACAAAUUGGAGAAUCCAGUGCAGAAAUAGCAAAGGAUGUAACUGAAUUGAUUGGAAAAACCCCACUGGUGUAUCUCAAUAAGGUAGUAAAUGGCUGUGGAGCCCGGAUUGCUGCGAAGCUUGAGAUGAUGGAACCUUGCUCGAGUGUCAAGGAUAGGAUUGGAUACAGCAUGAUUGCUGAUGCGGAGGAGAAGGGUCUUAUUACACCAGGACUGAGUGUCCUGAUUGAGCCAACUAGUGGUAACACUGGUAUUGGACUGGCUUUUAUAGCUGCUGCCAAGGGUUACAAGCUCAUUCUUACAAUGCCCGCCUCAAUGAGUAUUGAGCGAAGGAUCAUUCUUAAAGCUUUUGGUGCGGAAUUGGUUCUCACUGAUCCAGUUUUGGGAAUGAAAGGUGCUGUUCAAAAGGCUGAAGACCUUGCUGCAAAGACACCUAAUUCUUAUAUUCUUCAGCAGUUUGAAAAUCCUGCUAACCCCAAGAUUCAUUAUGAGACAACUGGACCAGAGAUCUGGAAAGGAACUGGUGGAAAGGUGGAUAUGUUGGUUUCUGGUAUUGGGACAGGAGGCACAAUUACUGGUACAGGAAAGUAUCUCAAGGAACAAAAUCCCAACAUUAAGCUUUAUGGUGUGGAGCCAGUUGAAAGUCCUGUGUUAUCUGGAGGAAAGCCUGGUCCCCAUAAAAUCCAGGGGAUUGGAGCUGGUUUUGUCCCUGGUGUUUUGGAUGUUGAUCUCGUCGAUGAAGUUAUUCAAGUCACAAGUGAUGAAUCCAUUGAAAUGGCAAAGCUUCUUGCACUCGAAGAAGGUCUGCAGGUAGGAAUAUCAUCUGGUGCUGGUGCUGCUGCUGCUCCUAAGAUUGCACAGAGGCCAGAAAACAAAGGAAAACUCAUUGUGGUCGUCUUCCCCAGCUUCGGCGAACGUUACCUUUCGUCUGUGCUCUACCAGUCAAUCAAGAAGGAAGCUGAGAACAUGGUUUUUGAGCCAUGAAGUUUCUUUGUGCGCCGAGAAUCCUUUUCCAAGCAAUUCGACGAAAGCAGCCGGAAGGCUCCUACCCUACUGCAAUUGCCCUCGUCAGAAACUUUCCAAGUUAUUUAAUGAAUAAACUCGAUCAAUUUCCAUAAUAUAAAUAAGUGAAUUUGAACCUCA